AUGGUUUUAGGUGGAGAUUUUUGGAUAGACGUGGAGGAAGGAAUGGCAUAUGUUACGGGUGAAGGCAAUCCGAACAAGCUAUUGAAACUGAUGGGUUCGAAGAGAGGCAAAGAUGCUGAAAUGGCUUUUGUGAAAACCGGAACACAUCACCGUGAUCCUUCCAAUUUUUACAACUGUCAAAACUCAUAUUUUGGCCAAUCAACGCCUUUCUGGCCGGCCAAUAUGAGCUAUCAUCCUUCAGCGUCAUCGGGGUACUAUCCGGCGAUGCAACCUUACCAACAACAAUAUCCAUAUGCCGGUGGAUUUAAUAACUAUGGUUAUUAUUAG